AAUUCAACAAAACAUUCAUCAAAGCUUUCAAAAACAUUGCCAAGACGGAAGAAAAAAACAAGAAGGUUUAAUAAAAAAAGUUACACUUCUAUUUGUUAAAUGGCAAUGAGACCAAGAGGUGGUGGAGUUGGACGACCGAAUAAUCGCCCUAAUCGGGCGCCACGAGCAGCAGUUCAGCCAGUUUAUGAAGAUUUUAGGCCUGUUUAUGAGCGGCAUCAAGAGCAAGAGGCUGAAAAGCUACUUAUUUAUCUUCCUGGAUUCAUGAAAGAGAACAUUAGAGUAAGUACAGAAGGCAAGAACGCAAUGAGGGUGCGUGGAGAACGCUUUGUAGGAGGCAACAAAUGGCAUCGCUUCCGAGAAGAUUAUCAAGCACCUUAUGACUGUAACAUGAGAGGUAUCCAUGCCAAAUUUGAGAAUGGAGUCCUCAUUAUCACUAUGCCUUGGAAAUUACCCGAGCAAUUAUUAGAUGAACCCACAAAACAACUCCCUCUAUCAACUCCACCACCCCCUCAGAAGGAUGAUAAUGUUCCUCCCAAAACUACUUAUCCAACUAUUGAAACCCCAAGAAAACCAACCCCUUUAAGACCCACAGCCCAACUGCCAAAGCCUCAAAAUGUUGACAAUCAUCAAGAUUCUGAAGGAGUAAAGGAAAAGCAAAAAGAUGAGAAGAAAAUCUUGGACGGCCAAUUAGGGAGUGCUGAAUCAUCAAAGACUGAAAAGGGUGAUUACGAAACAGAUUUUCCAGCUCUUAGAACAACCCCAUUGGGAAGAACUAGUGGUGAGAAGGAAAAAAUAAAAGAUGAGAAGAAAAUCUUGGAAGGUCUGGUAGGGAGUAUAGAGCCAAAGAUUCAAAAUAAAGAAGAAAACUUGAAUCAGAACAGAAUGCAAUUGGUCAAAAGUGACAAGGAAGUUGAAAAGAAGGAGAGCUAUGACAUAGGAGGACAGAAGGUUGCUGAAAAGAGUAAAGAAUUAAUAGGAGAGUUUCAAGAAAAGGUUGAGCAGAAAGGAUCAAUAGAAAAGGAAAGUACAAGUAAUGCUGUUGGUACCUCUUCUUACCCUGGUGGUGAAUUCAGCAUUGGAAACUUGAAGAAAAGCCUUCUACAGCUUAAUGAAGAGAGACAACUGCUUGUUAAUGCUGGAGGUGCUGUGCUGGUGAUUAUGGCACUGGGGGCUUAUGUUUACAACUCCAUCGGAUAAGGGAGAGCUGAGUAAAUAUCAACACUUCAAUUAUGUAAAAAUGUACAGAUUUACUUUGAAUGUGAUGUUUUUAAUUUGUAAAUAAAAGUAAAUGGUGUUGACAAGUGG